AUGUCAACUACAAUAGAUAAUUUAGAUGGAGGAGUAGAAGUGGGGGAAGUAGGAGAAGUAGGAGAAGAAACAAGCCUUUAUUUUAAUAGUUUUAAUUGGAAGGAAUUAAAAAGAGAGAAUAAUAGAGAUAAUGUUGAAAUGUGGUGUAAUAUUCAUGAUGGAGAAGAACACACUUUUGAAGAAUUGGCCUCUUUUUAUGCAGUUUGUAUUCGUGAUCAAUUUGUUGAAAUGAAGUACAAUUAUAGAGAUUUAAAACUUCAUAAAAUUACCUUUAUUGCCAAAUCAAAAUAUGGUCUCUAUGAUAGUUUAAUUCCACAGCACAACCACAACCAUGGUAAUAAUUUACAGCAAACUUUUUUAUUUCAUUCAAAUGGUUUGGAAAACCCAUAUUUUGAAGAGAAUAUUAUCAAAUUUUCAAGAGAAUCAAUUAACCUUGUUAGAUACUACUUUGAAAUCUAUUACGGUAAUUCAAAAUACUUAAAAAACUGGUCUAUUCUUGGUGAUUCUGAUGAAUAUUAUUGUAAAAUGGCAAAAUUUAAAUAA